AGGGCAAAAAAGAGAGAAGUUUUCCACAAGAGAGAGCCAAGAGAGACUUCUUGAAGACACCCUUAGCACAAAUCACUGAUCUUGAAGAAAAUGGUGAAGAGAGAAGCCAAGAUCCAGGAGGAAGCGUCGAGGGGGAAGCAGAGCGCAUCAUAUGGGAAGAAGUACAAGGGAGUGAGAAUGAGGAGCUGGGGAUCAUGGGUGUCCGAGAUUAGAGCACCUAACCAGAAAACAAGAAUAUGGCUAGGCUCUUAUUCAACUGCUGAGGCAGCAGCCAGAGCCUAUGACGCUGCACUUCUCUGCCUGAAAGGCUCCUCUGCAAAUCUCAAUUUCCCUUCUUCUUCUUCUUCGCACUUCCAUAUUCCUCAAGACACUCUUCUGUCCCCUAAAUCAAUCCAAAGAGUAGCUGCAGCUGCUGCUAAUGCUCGUGUUGAUAAUGCCACCACCCCACCUUCUCCUCCUCCUGCUUCAGCCUCUUCCUCAUCAGUCUCGUCUUCAUCAAUGCUUUCCUCUUCCUCUGAUCUGGUUGAUGAUGACGCUUCAUUAGUCUCAUCCUCUGAGGCCUUCUUUGGCUAUGAUCACCCCAAUGAACCAAUGGCUGCGAUGGAACCUUGGUACGGCCUUGAAGGGCUACAAUCCCCCAAAUAUGUGGAUCAAAUACUAAGGGGUGCUUCUUUUGACUUCUAUUCACCCCAGCUGCUCGAUGACCUGUACGACGAAACCAAUAUCAGUCUCUGGAGUUUCUGCUGAGAGAUUUUCAAGCCAACGCAAACUCCUCCUUCCUAGUUCAUAUUACUGACUGUGACUAAAUUUAUGUCGUAUAAAUGUUGAAGAAACUCAUGUAGAGAUGAGACAGAAUUUGAAGUCUCUGAUGUGAAUUUCUGCACAUUUCAAUUUAGGCACCGUCAUUACGGCUUCCUUUAUUAUUUUGAAUAAAUGGAAGCAAUAUUGAGUCCUUUGAGGAUGGUGGGAAAGCUCUUUAUUAGUUGCACGACAAGAUGCAAGAGAACCGCUGUCUGCUCCUGCGUGCCAAAAGAACCGUUGUACAAUGUGGAAACUUGAAAUUAUUGGGAAUUGUGUCCUUUGUAUAGCAUUGUCUGCUCUCCUGCAUGCCAAGAGAACAUGGGGUUGUGUGUCGUUGUUUCGACUUGUAAGUUUGGUAUUGCCUUUCUAUGUGCUUUACUUCUCUAAUUAGAAACUGGGUAUAAACCCUAUAGUU